CCGGCGCUCGCUCCCACCCCCUGCCCUGCAGCCCGCGGCGGCCGCGCCGCGUGUGACCCUGCAGACGGCGGUAGCUGGUGUGUGGCGCUUGUCUCGGCCAUGCCGUUCCUGGAGCUGGAGACCAGCCUCCCGGCCGCUCAGCUGCCCCAGGGCUUCGCCGGCAAGCUGUGCUCGGCCGCCGCGGCCAUCCUGAGCAAGCCCGAGGAGAGGAUAAACGUCACUUUGAAGAGCGACUUGCCCAUGGUGGUUGGCGGCUCCGCAGCGCCCUGCGCUCAGCUGCUCGUCUCAUCCAUCGCAGUGGUGGGAACCGCGGAGCAGAACAGAGGGCACAGUGCCAAGUUCUUUGAGUUCCUUACCAAGGAGCUGGGGCUCGGUGCAGACAGGAUUCUGAUCCGUUUUUAUCCACUGGAACCUUGGCAGAUUGGCAAGAAAGGAACUGUCAUGACUUUCUUAUGAUCUCUUCAAGAAACCCAUUAAAAAGAAACCCUUGUGGAGGGCACAACCCCAGGAUGGCCAGCUCUAUCUGUUUGUUUCUACGCAAGAUCUUAUAUGUAUCCUUCUACACCUCCACUCAUGUAGUUCCUUUCUGUUUCUGCUUCCUGUGUGCACACAGCUCCAAAGCGGGGCUUACCAGCCAAACUCUUUGACAGUAACAGUUGGAAGUCUUUGUCUCACACCUGUCUUGUGGCCCAGAGACAAUGCAGUUACCUGUGAUCUCAAACAAAACUUGAAUCGUGAGGUUUGUGUAGCUGGGAGUUUGUUUUGUCAUCAGCAGCGUCAUGAUGGCCUUCCUUAUUUGGAUCCAGUUAAUCCAAGUUUUGUAGUCUUUUCCUUUAGCAGUGAACAGUUCUUUAUUUCUGUUGCGUGAUUGGCAUCAUUGAUAACUGACUGGGGAGGUUCUCCAGUUUUGUUCAGCCUGAGGGCUGCUUUGCAAGAGAAAGACCGAUCCUGUCAUGUGCUAACCUUUCCUCUUCCUUGUGAAAUUCUGUCUGUUCUAGGAGUCCAUGGGUCAUAUCUUGAGAGUUUAUGGGCUUAACUUCACCACCAGAUAGCAUGCUGAUUGGGACCAUGUCCCUGUAGACUCUUCUACACCAGAAGUCACUAAAUGUUGCCCAUUAGUCUGGCAAUAGACACUAAACUAAGGCCUGGUCUACACUAACCCCCCAAUUCGAACUAAGGUACGCAACUUCAGCUACGUAAAUAACGUAGCUGAAGUCGACGUACCUUAGUUCGAACUUACCGCGGUCCAGACACGGCAGGCAGGCUCCCCCGUUGACUCUGCGUACUCCUCGCGCCGAGCAGGAUUACCGGCGUCGACGGGGAGCACUUCUGGGUUCAAUUUACCGCGUCCAGACAAGACGCGAUAAAUCGAACCCAGAAGUUCGAUUGCCUGCUGCCGAACCAGCGCGUAAGUAUAGACAAGCCCUAAUUCACAGUAGUUUGCCCUCCAGUGGCAGUGAGUUAGGCUGAGAUUCAAGGGGAUCUGAGAUCUUUCACUUCCAACUUCCGUGAACAUUUCUUCCAUUCUAAACCUCCUCCCCACCCCCACCCCAUUUCUGGGAAGAGAGAAUAUUGGUCUGAGGGAAGAAUCUUUUAACUCGUAUGGGAUGGCUGGGCUAGGGUUCCUCUCUAAUCUCCUGCUCUGAGCUCUACUUCACUAGGAUCAUUGGCUUGCACAGGUGGAUGUUCCCAUGUUCAUUCAGUAGACUCCUGUAGUUUAAUAUCAAUGUGCAUAUUGUGCAUUGGGGUAUGUGUGGAAGGAGGGCUUCUUAUUGCAGAAUCAUUUCAUACCCUAGGACGUGGAGCCCAGGAAAUUCUUUUGCUGGUUCAGGUAAUUAGUUUCAAUUCCUGUAACUUGUCUCCUUGUCCACAGUACUUUCCCACAACCCUCUCACUACAGUGAGCAAGAUCAGAACACUUUUUAUUUUAUGAAUGCUUUCAAUGUCCUGUGGGUGGUGGAGAGGAGCUCAUGAAUUUACACAUAACUGACUUCUUGGAGUGCCUGUGGGUUUUUUUUUUUCGUAUUAGACUCAGGGCUUUGCUACAUCUGCUCUAAUGUCCAUUCUCUUAGUAGGGGAGUUUUCCCCUGGGGGCCUUUAGAGUUGGUCACUUUAUAACCGGAUUAUACACAAUAUUUUAUUUUAAAAAGACCCUCAACCCGCUAGUUAUCAUAGUCUAUGGGAUUUCCUUACUUUUGCAUUUCACUCAGCAGAGAUAAUGAAGAUAGAGUUGUCAGUUUCAUUUAUAGUACUUUCUAAGGUCCAAAUCCUGCAGACAUUUAGGCAUGUGAAUAGUUAUACUGAAUUCAUUGGGAAUACUUAUGUGAAUAAGUGUUUUGAGGGUCAGGAUUAAAUCGUUCAUUUUCUGGUUCUGAUGUACUACUACAGUGUUUAAUUGUCGGGUAUUUACAGCAUUGCAAGGGAAUAAUUACAUUUAAAAAUGAACGAAUUUCCUCUUUCAUUGCUCACAGAACACUUUUUAUUCCAGUUAGUGUUUGUAAUUUUUUUUAACACACAAUCAAAAAUUUGGGUGUCAAGUUGGAAGUAUCUUUCAUUUAUUCAAAAAUAACUGAAACCAAUGAGGUUAUUCAAAAAUAAUUAAAACCAAAUGAUUUAUUAAUAUGUGAAGCUAGUUACUACACAUGAAACAUAACGUUUUUCCAUUGUUGCAAAAUCACUGUCCUCUAAAUAAAAUCUGCACUAAGUGCAGAUUUAUGUGUUAGUGUCAUGAGUUGGGCGUUUAUCUGGUCAAUAAAACUUUUAUCAAAAUA